CCACUGUGGUGUCAAUUAUCACCACAACAGGCUGCCUCCCUCGACUUUUCAUCCAACACAAUUCCCCCUCGUUUCCUUUAGAGGCUGUGUUACGAUUGCUGGAUGCUUUAAGACCCACAGACGCUCUGGACGUUUUUCUGACUUUUUCUAUAUUCUUGAUGCAAAGAUGUCAGGAAUUUAUAAUGAUCAGCUGCACCGCUCUACGUUGGGGAUUUACUCGAACUUGAUUGACGAGUUCAACCCGAGUCUACUGAAGCUGGUUUCACUGGGAAAUUGCUAUGCUCAAGCUUUCAAGGCUCUCGCCGUCACCAGUCAGGCCUACUUCAGUGCACUUUCAAAAUUCGGAGAGAGAGCUUUCAAGACUGUGUCGUCACGCUCCCUCGGUGAGGUCAUGAUUCAGCUGUCUGAUAACCAGCAGAGACUCUUCAUGGAGCUGGAGGACAUGUUCCGGUGGUUCAGUAUGGAGGUUCUUCUGAAGAUGGACAACAAUGUUCAACUGGACAGAGAUUACUUAUCAGACAGCAGGGUGAAAUACGAGAUGAACGUCCGUAGCCUGGCAGCAGCAGCGGAGAGGCAGAUGAGGAGAGGAAACGGCCAAGAUUAUAGUGAGUAUGAACACUUCGUCAGGAAAAGCCACGGUGAGGCUGUGAAGGAGGAAGAGAGGCGAUUUCGCUUCCUGGCGGAGAAACACUGUGGCCUCAUCCAGACCAUCGCCCAGAUCAUGAACAAGACGGGAGGAAACCUCCAGCAGAAACUGAAUGGCUGGACGGACGACAUCAGUGCCACCAGACAACCUGAGGUCCGACAACCCCCCUCUCAGGAAUACCCCGUGGACGAGAUCAGAAGGAGCCGAGACGAGCACACGCUUGGCAAAAUACCAUCGAGGGCUCCGUCUCCGCAGGGAAGCAUUUAUCGCUCCGGUGCCGACUCAGGUGGGGGAGGCUCUGGAGGGAGACCCAUGAGGGCCAAGGUGGCGCAUCAGCCUGCUGGCUCCAACCCCACCUUGCUGCCCUUCAGCAGGGGACAGAUAAUCACCGUGCUGGUCCAGCAACCCAGGAACGGCUGGCUGUACGGCCGGGGAGACGGCAGCUCACGCCAGGGAUGGUUUCCAGUCUCGUAUGUGGAAGCACUGGAUGAUCCUCCAAUGUCAACAAUCUCCCGUAACUCCAGUCUCCGAAGCCGCAGCAACAUGAGCAUGGACAAACCAGAUGGAGCCCCAGCCCCAGCCCCUCCACCUCCACCACCACUGCAUAAUCUAUCAUCCCACAAACAUCCAGAGAGUCGACCGGGCUCACCGACUACUGACACUCCAUCAGAAAGACAGAGAUCACAAGGACCGCGCCCAAAUCUCUUCCCGAGGGGUACCAAUCCAUUUGCGACAGUUAAGCUGAAGCCGACGGCCACCAACGACAGGUCGGCCCCACGUUUACAUCGGCAAUGACAUGGUGACGCUGAGACGAAUGUCUUCAUCUGGACGUUGGCAGCAGGUUCAGGUGGAAGAUGAGCAAGUGAACGUCGUUUUAUGAAACACUUCUGACUGUGACCUGCCACUGUGUCCUUCUGCAUAAAUACAUACAAACCAGGAGAAAUAGAGGUGUUUUAAUGCCACUAAACCAAUAACCAAAAUAUUUUUUUUUUGCUGUUUAAAAAAAGAAAAAAUGUAACAUAUUUAAAAGUUAAUCACAAACAUGGAUAUGUGUAAGUUGAGUUGACAUGUGAAUGAGGAAAGUAUAUCAUGUACAAGUCCAAUGUGUAAAAUGUAAAUAAAAACAAAAUGCAAUGA